AUGGCGAUACAGCGUGCUGACACGCUCAAGCUCGCUGUCCACAAUGUGGCACAGCCAAAGUCGCUGAAGGAAGAUCUGUUCCCGAACGACCACUUCCUCGGCGUCCGCGUCUUACAUACGCCCCCAAACCCGCAGGUCGAUAUCAUAUUCAUCCAUGGAAUCACCGGUCAUCCAUACAAGACCUUUGCCACGAACGGCGCCAGUCCCAUCUACUGGCCGACCCAGCUAUUGGCGCGAGACGUUCCAGAGGCCCGGAUUCUCUCGUUCGGGUACGAUGCUGAUGUUGCCAAGUUCUUGGGACCAGUGGGACAGAACGACAUUCGGGAGCAUGCGGCAACUCUGAUCAGUGACAUUGCAACUGUGCGGAUUGAAGACCAUGCAUCUAGACGGCCCAUCAUCUUGGUUGUCCACAGCCUUGGAGGCCUGGUAGCCAAGAAAGCCCUGUGUCUCUCGGAGCAGGCUGCGGAGCAACAUCAGAAACAGCUUCAUGAAUGCGUGACGGCUGUUGCGUUCCUGGGAACGCCGCAUCGUGGCUCCGACCUCGCCCCGUUCGCCGCGGGCGUGGCUCGCAUCCUCAAGGCAUCCAACUCACGAGUCAAUGUCGAUAUCAUUCGUCUACUGCAGCGCGAUUCUGAGGCUCUCGCUGACAUAGAGGCUGCCUUUGGCAUCUGGCUGCGGAAAAACACCGCUCGUUUCCAACUGACAUGCUUCUUCGAGGAGCGAGAAGUUGUUGGUGUCGGCAUGGUUGUGAACAAGGACUCGGCCAAGAUCAGCGGUUAUCCCCAAUUGCCGGUCCCCACAAACCAUAUGGACCUUGUUCGAUUUGCUAGCACAGAAGAUACUGGGUACCGACGGGUCCUUGACAUUCCAGCUGCUGAGGUUGCUUCGGACAAGCUAGACUUUGACGGUUGCAUGUCGACUCUUUUCUUCCCAGAGAUGAACGCACGCGGGGCUGACGUAGAGACUGCUGCUGCUGGUACUUGCCGUUGGAUCCUGGAGCAUCCCACCUACCUGCAGUGGCACGCGAACGGCCAAGGCCUGCUCUGGGUGAAGGGCAAGCCCGGUUGUGGGAAAAGUACGCUGAUGAAACAUGUCAUCAAGAACUCGAGCGAUAUUCAUCCGGACGGUGCAACUCUCAAGAUCUGUUUCUACUUCCACGGCCGCGGGACUGAUCUCCAGAGGUCGCCACUGGGGCUUUUCCGUGCCCUGGUGCACCAGAUCGGCCAAGCUUACCCUCGAGCUGUGAGCUCCAUCGUCAACCAUUACAAAAAGAUGGACGAGAGCCUGGCAGGGCCUUGGUCAUGGCGUCCUCAGGAUCUCGAGGACUUUUUCGUUUCCGACGUUCUUCCUGCCCUGUUGAGGAGAUCAGGACUUUGCAUCUUCAUCGAUGCCCUGGACGAGUGCGGUGAGAAAGAGGCCCGACGUCUCGUGCAGUUCUUCACGCGCAUCUACGACACGUCUGCCUCGAGCUCGUAUCGAGUCAGCAUUUGUUUCUCAUGUCGCCACUAUCCCAUCAUCGCCCCGGACAACUGCGAGCAAGUAGUAGUCGAGUCGGCCAACGACAAAGACAUUGCCAGGUACAUCGACCAAGAGCUUACGCGCGUGGUGACGAGCCCGGAAGACCUCGAGGCUCUCCGUCAGAAAGUGGAAGAGCAGGCGCGCCAGGUGUUUUUGUGGGUGGUGCUCGUCAUCCCUCAGGUCGUUUGGAAAUACAACGAAGGCAGUACUGUCGAGGAAAUAGUGGACUACAUCGACAAGAUCCCGCCCCAGCUCCACAACCUCUAUGCAAACCUGAUAACGGAACUCAAGGAGAAGAGCGCACUGAAAUCCAAGCAACUUUUCCAAUGGAUCUGCUUCGGCACCGAGAACCUUCCCGUCGACCGUCUGCGGGAUGCGCUAAACUUUGACGGAGAAGCUGGCAUACAGCGAGGGGCGUACGAGAACUGGUUGUCAGCGUCAGACACGAUCCGAUCGAACGACCAGAUGGUGAAGAAACUUCGGGUGCUUUCUGCCGGACUCGCAGAGAUAUCGAAUGGCGUUGUGCAGCUUGUUCAUCAAACCGUCCAAGACUUUCUCUUCGAGAAAGGCUUCGCCAUGCUCGAUGGCGUCGAGCAACUGACUUUGACUGAAAUAACGGGAGCGAGCCACCACAGGCUGGCGAAAUCCUGCCUGCUUUACUUUGCCUCUAUCGAAAAGGGGUUACGUGGCGAACUCUCUUCUUUUGAUGCCCGCCGCGCCAAUCACGACAAGGUGCGCCUUUAUGAGCUGACCGAGAAAAGCUACUAUGACCAUCCAUUCCUUGCCUACUCAGUACGGUACUUAUUUACGCACUGCGCGUCAGCCGACGAGGCCGGGUUGAGUCAAGGUUUCAUCAACGACUUCCUGGGAGAUGAUCGCGACGAGGUCAUCUCCAAUUGGGCCAAGGUUGCGACAUCUGACAACAUAGAAACCCAGUUUUGGGAGGACGUAGCAGGCGCCCCCGAAUUCGGGACCACAUUACUACAUGAGGCUGCCAAACACAACAUCAAAAGUCUCGUCCCGGACUUGGUCGGCAGCACUCAGAAAUACACUGGCGCUCGCGACUUUAACAACCGGACACCACUGGUUUAUGCCGUAUGGAACGGACGCCAAGGGAUCGUGGAAUAUUUGAUCAGCAGGCCGCAAACUGACGUGAAUGCAUACAUCAAGAGCGGCUCCCAGAGCUUUACCGCUUUUCAAUUGGCACUUUUGCUCGGGUUUCAACGGAUCGCCCUGGACAUUUACAACCACUCAGACUUUGAUCUCGACGCGCACUGGACCAUCAAGAGCGGCUGGGUCCACGAGACUGACAUGACGACGUUCAACAAUCGAGGCCUGUCGUCGGCCAACUUUUCGCGCGCGAUCGAUCUCACGAUUGCUCACGAGAACAUGGAAGAAGUCUUUGACAGGCUUUUGGCGUCGUACGAUCGGCAAAAACCGUAUGGCCAGACGAUAUCAAUGCUCGUCAGGUGUGAGACGGCGUUGAAGUUUCAACAGGGCAAGAUGCUUCUCGCUUUCUUGAAGCGACUUUCCAUGCAAGAGAUCGACACUUUGCUCAAGAGUGACGACACGUACUUUUUCCUGCAUGACGCCGUCCAGCAAAAUUUUGAAGAAGGCGUUCGCCACCUGAUAGCAGCUCGGGUAUGCGAUUUGAACAAAGCUCGAGGGGUUUCGCAGUCAACACCGCUGCACCUGGCCAUCACGCACCAGCUGAAGAGUAUAGCUGAGAUGCUCGUCAAGGCGGGGGCGGAUGUGGACAAGCGCAACGCGACAGGACAGACGUCUCUGACGCUAGCACUCCAGGGCGGCUACUCCAACAUGGUGCACACUCUCCUCAGCUUCCCCGAAGUGGAUCCCAACGUGGGCAACGACGACUGGAGUCCCAUAGAGAUUGCCGUCGAAGUUGGAGACAGUGACGCGCUUGAAGCGCUCCUACAACGCCCAGAUAUCAUACUCAAGUUCGACAUACCAGAAGGCGAACCCGCCCCUGCCGUCACUGCCAACCCCGACGGGACCACAACCUUUACCUCGGGGGGGAACAGGUAUAGGCCGCUCCAGCGAUCACUGCUCUGGCAAGCGAUCAAUCGCGGCCACGGCAACUGUGCCCGUGUGCUGCUAGCGGACGGACGGGUGUCCAAGAUCCUUCGCGACUUGUCCGGGGCCCUCCCGUCGUUUGUCGGCGUUGACGACGAUAUCAUUGGGGAGGUUGUGCAGCUCCACGCGUCUAACAGCUGGCAGGCCACGGACGACAUUUUUGGCUUCCUGUGGACCACGGACCGCGAGAGUGUGCCUGGACAGUAUCACAUGGCAAGCAUGGUGGACGUUGACGGCAAUUGCCUGCUGUCUCAUCUCAUCAUUUGCGGGUGGGAGGAGGAGGCGAUCGACCUGCUCAAGCAGAAGGACAGCCCGAAAAACAGCUCCAACUACCAAGGAGAAACGGCCCUGAUGCUGGCUGUCUUGUACUCGCGCGCCGAGGUGAUCAAGUUCUUGCUCGAGUCGCCGAUCGGCGGCUCCGUCGACUGGCUCGUGGUGAACAGAUGGGGGCAAAACCUACUUGUGUACGCAGAGAGCGCCAAAAACGACAGCGUGACGCGCAAGGUCGUGGCGCGGGUGCAGAAAGAGGCCAAGCUGCGGUCGCGGGCGAGCUUUGGCAGCUUCAACGAAGAUCGGCGCCGCCGCCCUGGGCGUGUCGACUCGUUCUUUGAUGCCGAGUUGAAGACGGUCAUGGACAAGCAGCUGGGCAAAUUCCGCAUCACGGUGAAGAAGAAGCGCUCGUGA